UUAUGCUUAAGAGAAUGUCUCAUAUUUGUUCCCUAAUCUGUUGUCUUAUGGAUGCGCGGUUCAGUCCUGGAGUCGUUCUACUACAGCAGUAUAAAGACCUAUUUUUCUGCUCAAAGUUGUCAGUAUGAGCCUUUACUGUAUUCACUUUUUUGUUUGUUUAGUUUGAUGGAAGAACAAAACAGUUUCCUUUCUAGUAAAUGAGAGAUAACAACUACAAGCUAGAUUGGGAGAAUAUUAUGAGAGCCCGUCAGAUUAUGAAGCAAUCUCACUUAUUUUCCUUUCUUGCAAUGAUUUAUAGCUCGACAAAUGUGUAGGGCUCGACUUAUUAUAUCAGUAGUGCGGGGCACAGCUAAAAACUAUGAUUCAUAAAAACUAAAUAGGUUGUCUCAACAUCUAUCAACGGGCAACUUUGAUAGUUGUUGAGACAAUUAAUGCAGUUGUCAAAUAACUGUUCUAGUUGUUUAAACAACUUUAUUUCGAGAGCUACUUGUCUCUGUUUUUUAUUUAAUUAAAGACCGAGUCUUUGAGCUCAUUUUUCUCAUUAAAAAAAUGUAGAAUUAUUCAUUAAUAAACAAAGAGAAAAUGACAAAAAUAAGACAGUAGCUGGUUUACAUAUUUUAACAACCUCAAAGAAGCUGUCCCGUGUGGAACACCCGGCGAAGUAUGAAUUCAAAAGUUAAUGGCUUGUCUCCUCCUUAGCCAACACUUGGCCACUCGCUCUCUCGCUGUUUCAUCUAACACUUUCUUCAUAUACAAGGAUGGAACAUUGCCCCGUAAGAUUUACAACACUAGCAGCAGUAGCAGCGGCAAACUUAAUGAAUCCAAGUUACAGAAUAACUUUUUCCCAUAUAUACCAACAAUGUGCAAAACAUUGCAUGCAUGAAACAGGCAGAGCAGCCCAUGCUCGAAUGAUAACUUCCAGGUUUCAACCCACUGUAUUCGUUACAAAUUGUUUGAUUCAAAUGUACAUAAAAUGUUCGAAUUUGGGUUAUGCGCGUAAAGUGUUUGAUAAAAUGCCUGAAAGAGAUACUGUUUCUUGGAACGCGAUGAUCUUUGGGUAUUCGACGGUUGGAGAGUUGGAGAAGGCGGAGUUGAUGUUUCAUUUGAUGCCGGAAAGAGAUGCGAUUUCUUGGAAUUCCAUGAUUUCGGGGUACUUGCAAAAUGGUGAUUAUCCGAAAUCGAUUCAGGUUUUUAUGGAUAUGGGAAGAGGUGGUAUUGGUUUUGACAGAACAACUUUUGCGGUUGUUUUGAAAGCUUGUUCGGGUUUGGAAGAUUGUACGUUAGGGGUGCAGGUGCAUGGGUUGGUGGUUAAGUUGGGUCUUGCUACUGAUGUGGUGACGGGGAGUGCAAUAGUGGAUAUGUAUUCGAAAUGCAAGAGAUUGGAUGAGUCGAUAUGUUUCUUUAAUGGUAUGCCUGAAAAGAAUUGGAUUUCUUGGAGCGCUCUGAUUGCUGGUUGUGUUCAAAAUGACGAGUUUGCUGAUGGAUUACAACUGUUCAAGAAGAUGCAAAAAGAAGGGGUAGGGGUGAGUCAAUCUACUUAUGCUAGCGUCUUUAGGUCUUGUGCCGGGUUGUCACACUUAAAAUUGGGUUCUCAAUUGCACGGUCAUGCAUUGAAAGCUGAUUUUGGAUCUGAUAUCAUUGUAGCGACUGCCACUUUGGACAUGUAUGCCAAAUGUAACAGUUUGUCUGAUGCUAGGAAGGUAUUCAACUUAUUGCCAAAUCGUAAUUUGCAAUCCUAUAAUGCCUUGAUUGUGGGGUUUGCUCGUGGUGAUCAAGGAUAUGAAGCUGUAAUACUAUUCCGGCUUUUGCUGAAGUCUUAUCUUGGGUUUGAUGGAAUAAGCCUAUCUGGUGCAUUUAGCGCCUGUGCAGUAUUAAGCUGUAUGUGUUGUAUAUUAAGUUGGACAUGUUGGCUGAUCCCUGAACUUCACCAGAACAUCUUUAGUCUACCAAGUUAUAUGCACACCCCACGGAGAACCACAAGUAUAUUUAGUGACAACACAUUCUUGUACUGUUUGACAAAACGCACUUCAGCUGGUAAGAGGAAAAAGACCAGUGAGCAUAUUUGUCGGAAUUUGGCUGAAUGCAUUUACUUGCCUACAUUAUCAGCUUGCGCAAUGGUCAGGAGGAAACGAAAAGAUUGAGAAAAUUGUCCUCCAGAUUUCAUCGCGUAAAAGAAUUGCUUCAAAAGACAAUUUACAGAAAUUAGAAACUGUAAAAUUGUUGCAGACUGCAGUCUUGGGCUUUCAACUACAUUAUUUAUCUGAGAAAUUUCGUUCUCCUAAAUCUUGGGAAUCUUCAUGUGUCAUUAAUGGAUAACCUUUCACAAA